AAGCCUGACAAAUAGGAAAAUACUACAAAGUGAAGAGAAAAUUCACUUCACGAGAACUGAGCGCUGCUUUCAUUGGCUUUUAAAUUUUAUUUGUAUUAAUAACUGAUUAGUGUCAAAUCACGUCUGUGGUGAAUUACUAGGUUAAAGCUGGAAAAAAUGAAACAAUUAAAAAGAAAAAGAAAAAGCAAUUUUAGCGUUCAGGAAACUCAAACUCUCCUUAAGGAAAUCAGAAAAAGGAGAGAAGUACUCUUCUCAAAGCAACUAAAUACAACAAUUAAUGAGAUGAAACGGAAAGCUUGGGAGGAAAUAGCAGAGUGUGUAAAUGCUGUAGGUGAAGGAGAGCAAAGAACAGGGACAGAAGUGAAAAGGCGAUACCUUGACUGGAGAGCACUCAUGAAGAGAAAACGUCUGAAUGCAAACAUCAAAGUAGUAGGUGCUGGGUUUCACCUUCCUUCGUCCAAUUUAGAUGACUCUCUCAAUGAAGACAUGGAUGAGAAAAUGGGAUUUGCAAUUGAAUCUAGUUUUGAAUGGCAAAAUAUCACUGACUUCAGAGAAGCCGGUGGAUCUUUAACAGAAAUCAAAGUAGAAGAGGAAGAGGAGGAUCCGCAGAAUUUUGAAUUUCCUAUUGAGGAAGAAGAAGAAAUUUUGUCAUCAGUUUUGCCGGAUUCAAAAAAGGAAAAUGACCUACCAGACUUUCCCCACAUUGAAGAGUUUGGAAAUCUAAGCUCUGCUCAAGCUAGGCUAGCCUAUGAAGAUUCUCACUUGCUUAUAAACCUGGAGAAGCAGAAGGUGGAGCUGGAGAAGCAGCGACUAGACAUUGAAGCCGAAAGGUUGCAAGUGGAGAAGGAGCGCCUGCAAAUUGAAAAAGAACGGUUGCGGCAUGUUGACUUGGAGCGUGAGAGACUUCAGAUUGAGAAGGAGCGACUUCAGAUUGAAUGGGAGAAACUCAGGCUAGAGACUCUGCAUGCUGAAAAACCUGCCCUGGAAAAUGACCUCAACCAAACAGAAAAACCCGUCAUGCAGCCCCUGGAUCUAGAAACUGAAAAGUUAAAACUUGAAAAAGAACGUUUGCAGUUGGAAAAAGAGAGGCUGCAGUUCCUAAAGUUUGAGUCGGAGAAGCUGCAGAUUGAGAAGGAACGCUUGCAAGUGGAGAAGGAACGCCUUCGAAUUCAGAGAGAGGGUCACUUGCAGUGAACUUCUCGACUGAAGUGUCAGCAUUUGUGUUUUGAUGUUUGUAAAGUAGAGGUAGUUCUUUUCUUAAUACUGAAACUGUCCUAGAGACUUAACAUUCUUCUGUUCAGAGUUGAAUGUUGAUGUUAAACUGAAAAAGAAAAAAAAAAUGGUGCUCAAUAUGUCAGUGUGCCUACAUAAAUGAGCUUAUGUGUGAAAUUGCUUUUCAGUGUAUCAGAACUAAGUGUUAUGUUCUCUUGUCUUCAGUAUUGUGUUGUAUUAGUUUGGUGUCCUCCUCUCAUAGACACGCUGAGAAGAAUCAAGGCUGAACCUUGUACUUUUUUCACUGUACUAACAGUAGGGAAGGA